CUCAAGCGAUUGUGACUGUCUUGAGUGUGUUUGCUCGACUGCGCCGCGAAUCAAGUUAACUUAAUAUAGACGAAAACAAUAUAUUUAGACAUUUAGAUGAUUUUGCGUUAAAUUAAUUGUGUGUGUUUUAAAAACGUUUUAUUGAAUUCAUCAAGUUUUCUUUUCAAGACACAGAAUUUUCAGAAAUAGUACUUUUAUACCUGAAUACAUAGAAGCAAGAUUACGAUUUCAGGGUGUCAAGAUAAGCGAAAAAAAAGUGGGAAUGAAAAUAUUGUUUUAAUUAUCGCAAGAGUUUAAUUAAAACGUAUUUUCUGUGCGUACAAUUAUGGCUACGUUUGCUGAACAAGCAGCCGGUCUUCUAGAUUUUAAUAAGAAGUUAGAUAUAGCAUUACUCGAUAAUGUUGUGCUCAGUAUGUACACGGGAGUGGGUGAAACUCAACGUGUGGCUCAAGAAGUGUUAACAACAUUAAAAGAACAUCCAGAUGCAUGGACACGAGUAGAUACAAUCUUAGAAUAUUCAACAAAUCAACAAACAAAAUACUACGCAUUACAAAUAUUGGAACAAGUGAUUAAAACACGUUGGAAAGUGUUACCACGGAAUCAAUGUGAAGGUAUUAAAAAGUAUAUUGUUGGACUAAUUAUUAAAACCAGUUCGGAUCCAAUACUAUUGGAACAAAAUAAAACAUAUUUAAAUAAAAUGAAUAUAAUAUUAGUUCAGAUAUUAAAACGUGAAUGGCCUAAAAAUUGGGAAACAUUUACAUCAGAUAUUGUCGGAGCAAGUAAAACAAAUGAAUCACUUUGUCAGAAUAAUAUGAUUAUAUUGAAAUUAUUGAGCGAAGAAGUAUUUGAUUAUUCAUCUGGUCAAAUCACUCAAGCAAAAGCAAAAUAUUUAAAAGAUACAAUGUGUAAACAGUUUUCGGAAAUUUUUCAAUUGUGCCUGUAUGUGUUAGAGAAUUCACAAAAUGCCCCAUUGGUUGCAGCCACAUUAGAUACAUUUUUAUUAUUUUUAAAUUGGAUACCAUUAGGUUAUAUAUUUGAGACAAAAUUAAUUGAUACAUUGGUAUUCAAAUUUUUACCUGUGCCUCUAUUUCGUAAUGUUACACUAAAAUGUUUAACAGAAAUUGCUGCCGUUACUGUUGGUAAUUAUGAUGAUAAGUUUCGUCAAUUGUUCUUACAAACAAUGUCUCAAUUAGAAGCUAUGCUACCGUUACAAGCGGAUUUACGUCAAGCAUACGCGCAAGGACAAGAUCAAGAACAAAAUUUUAUACAAAAUUUAGCAAUCUUUUUGUGUACUUUCUUAAAAGAACAUGGUGCACUCGCUGAACAACAUACCCAAGCAUUAGCAAAUGCAUUACAUUAUCUGGUUCUUAUAUCGGAAGUUGAUGAUAUCGAAAUAUUUAAAAUAUGUUUGGAGUAUUGGAAUGCACUAGCUGCGGAACUCUAUCAAGAAGAUCCUUUUCCAGCCGUUGGCAUGUUUUUAGGUGGUUCAAGUGCCACACGUCGUGUUUUAUACCAUGACGUUCUGGGUAAAGUACGUUAUAUUAUGAUUUCACGUAUGGCUAAACCUGAAGAAGUUCUUGUCGUUGAAAAUGAUAAUGGAGAAGUUGUUCGUGAAUUUAUGAAAGAUACGGAUUCGAUAAAUUUAUAUAAAAAUAUGCGUGAAACAUUGGUAUAUCUAACACAUUUAGAUUAUGCGGACACUGAACGUGUUAUGACCGAAAAAUUACAAAAUCAAGUGAUUGGUACCGAAUGGUCAUGGAAGAAUUUAAACACACUUUGUUGGGCUAUUGGUAGUAUAUCGGGUGCAAUGCACGAAGAAGAUGAAAAACGUUUUUUAGUAACUGUGAUAAAAGAUUUACUUGGAUUAUGUGAACAGAAAAAAGGGAAAGAUAAUAAAGCGAUAAUCGCAUCGAAUAUUAUGUAUGUUGUAGGACAAUAUCCACGUUUUUUGAAAGCCCAUUGGAAAUUCUUAAAAACUGUUGUUAAUAAAUUAUUUGAAUUUAUGCAUGAAACUCAUGAUGGUGUACAAGAUAUGGCUUGCGAUACAUUUAUUAAAAUUGCAUUAAAAUGUCGACGACAUUUUGUUACAAUUCAAGCAGGAGAAGCUUGUCCAUUUAUUGAGGAAAUACUAUGUUCGAUUAGUUCGAUCAUAUGUGAUUUACAAUCACAACAAGUGCAUACCUUCUACGAAGCUGUUGGGUAUAUGAUAAGCGCUCAAGUUGAUCAAACUCAACAAGAGGCGUUAAUUGAUAAAUAUAUGAUGCUUCCAAAUCAAGUCUGGGAUGAUGUGAUCUCACAAGCAAGUCAAAAUGUUGAUGUUUUAAAAGACCCCGAUGCUGUUAAACAAUUAGCAAGUAUUUUAAAGACAAACGUACGUGCUUGUAAAGCGUUAGGACAUUCGUAUGUUGUUCAAUUGUCUCGAAUUUAUUUGGAUAUGUUAAAUGUUUACAAAGUUAUGUCUGAAAAUAUAUCGGUAGCGAUUGCAUUAAAUGGUGAAGCUGUUACAAAACAACCUUUAAUAAAAAGUAUGCGUGUGGUAAAAAAGGAAACAUUGAAAUUAAUCGCUGAUUGGAUAUCAAAAUCACAUGAUCAUCAAAUGGUACUACAAAGUUUUAUUCCACCGUUGUUGGAUGCCGUUCUAUUAGAUUAUCAACGUACAAAUGUACCAUCAGCACGUGAACCAGAAGUUUUAAGUACAAUGGCAUCGAUUGUUGAUAAACUCGAUGGACAUAUAACAUCCGAAGUUCCAAAAAUCUUUGAUGCUGUGUUUGAGUGUACAUUGGAUAUGAUUAACAAAGAUUUCGAAGAGUAUCCAGAACAUCGAACAAACUUCUUUUUACUGUUACAAAGUGUAAAUAAUUUAUGUUUUCCAGCAUUUUUAAGUAUACCACCAGCACAAUUUAAAUUAGUUUUGGAUAGUAUUAUAUGGGCAUUUAAACAUACGAUGCGUAAUGUUGCUGAUACAGGACUACAAAUAUUAUUAAAGUUGUUACAGAAUGUUGCCCAACAUGAACAAGCUGCCCAAUCGUUUUAUCAGACAUAUUUAACAGAUAUUUUACAGCAUGUUUUUAGUGUUGUAACAGAUACAUCACAUACAGCAUCAUUAUCGUUACAUGCAUCGAUAUUGGCGUAUAUAUUUUCAUUAAUUGAAUCUGGACGAAUCGUUGUACAAUUGGGGUCUGUACCGAAUAAUACAUUAUAUAUUCAGGAAUUCGUAGCUACAUUACUACGAUCAGCUUUUCCACAUCUUACUGAUAAUCAAAUAAAAAUCACCGUUCAAGGAUUAUUUAACCUUAAUCAAGAUAUAGCUGCAUUUAAAGAACAUUUAAGAGAUUUCUUAGUACAGAUUAGAGAAUACACAGGCGAAGAUGAUUCAGACUUAUUCUUAGACGAACGUGAACAAGCAUUAUUACAAGCACAAGAGGAAAAACGACGGUUACAGAUGUCUGUUCCUGGUAUAUUAAAUCCACACGAAAUACCGGAAGAGAUGCAAGACUAGUAGUUGUAAUUAUUGCAGUGCAGAAUCACCUCACACUACUUUCACUUCCGUCUCUCACACUAAACUAUAAACAAACAAAAAAUAAAAAAAACCCGACCGAACAUUUAUAUUAUCAAAUCGUUAUCAUUUAUUAAU